CAUCGCUUCACAUUAUCAUCAUAUUACCAACAGACAUUUCAAAGACAAGGCGGGGACCGCUGACAGCUGAUCCACGAUGGUCGAGCGGUCCGACCGCGCACCUCUGCUGGACUGGGAAGAAGUCCCAUCCGCAGAGAAGCCUCAUCCAGGUGGAGAGGAGAGGGACAGGGAUUCUAACCCCUCCAACAGCAACCGUGCACAGGGUAGCACUGCGCCGGGGAUUGGGUGGUGCACCGGUCCGGGGGGUCCGGGGUCUACAUCUGUCUCUCCAGACCCAGACACAACCACAGCCCCGGCGGAUCGGGAUGCGCAGUGUGGCGACAAGGAUGACCACACUACGGACACAGGGCAAGGAGAGGUCCCACAGGAUAACGGAAUGGGGCGAUGGGAGGAACAAGACCAGAUAGUGUCUGUUUUUGUGGUGGCAUUUAACACAAGAUCAGGCAACAUGCUGGAGUGGUGUCUGCCCCAGGACAUGGACCUGGACGGGGUGGAGUUCAAGGCCAUCGCUAGUGGCUCCCACCGAGUCACCACCGACUUCAUAUACUUCCGGAAGGGCGGUUACUUUGGACUGGCCUGCUUUGCCAACAUGGCGGUGGAGAGCGCGGUGGAGCGGGGUGCCAGAAUGAAGUCAGUGGGGAUCCUCUCUCCCUCUUACACACUGCUCUACCGCUACAUGGGCUUCCUGGAGCACCAGGUCAGGCUCCAGCUGCAGUCCCCAGGCCACUACUCCCCCCUGGAGGCCUUCUAUGAAGACAAGAGGGCAGUGCUGCCCCCUCGUGGAGACAACAUCGUAACUGCAUGUCCUGCCAGUGCCUGGGGCGCUGCCCUCAACCACAGCAUGCACCCUGAGAUGAAGAUCACCCACCCAGCUGGGUGCAUGUCCCAGUUCAUCCGGUUCUUCGGGGAGCAGAUCAUGGUUCUGUGGAAGCUGGCUCUGCUUAGGAGACGCAUCCUCAUCUUCUCCCCUCCGCCUGUGGGAGUGGUCUGUUACAGGGUCUACUGCUGCUGUUGCCUUGCCAACGUGUCCAUCCCCGGAGUGGGCAUGGCAGUCCCCGAGUUCCGUCCCUUCUUCUAUGUGAACGUGGCUGACAUCAGCGCGCUGGAGAAUGAGCUGGCCUACGUGGCAUGCACCACAGAGAAGAUCUUUGAGGAGAAGAAGGACCUGUAUGACGUGUACGUAGACAACCAGAACGUGAAGACGUACCGGGAAGGCCUGAAGCCCCUGCUACGACUCAGCGCCGCCGACAGAGACAAGUACCGCAAACUGACCGAACAGAGGCAGAUGCUGCUGUACUCCCAAGAGGAGAAUGGAGACUGUGUGUCUAGUGAAGAAGAUUUGUUCAUUCUGUUUUUCCUUGAGCAGAACAACCGGAUCUUCCAGACGCUGAAUGAGGUGGCAGGGAGCCCUGAACCCACCCUGACCCCAGAGAGUGUGAGGGCCAUGGGCCUGGACCCCCACGGAGACAGGCUCUUCCUGCUCCACCUGCUGGAGACUUACGGCUACGACACCCUGCUGGUCACCGACCACCCCUGCUGCAGCUGAGCCUGGGUCAGGAUGAGGACCGUCUAGUCUGGAUGUGUCAGUAGCAGCCGGGACAUGGACACUCGUCUGUGUCCUACCGGGACAUGCUCU